CAAAUUUAUUAAAAACAAAGAUUAAACAGCGGCUCAAACAUGUGCUUACUAAAACUGAUUGUGAGUGAUGACAACCUAUCACUACAGUAUUCCCGGAAAUAACCGACUGUGACCGACUACUCCCGAGGAUGGAUUUGAACGAGUAUGCUGUCCGUUCAGACAGGAGCCACAGCAGAUGAGCAGGGAGCAGAUGGAUAACACAGGUUUACCAGCAAGACUAGCCGAGACUGGAAACUAACGUUCUUCAGUUUCUGCAGCUGAGAGAAGGAUUUACCUGACACUCCUCAAGCUGCGUAUAAGGACCAUUUUCACAUUCACUGCUUGGAUUAGAGGAAGUGUUGGACUGAAGGAUCUAGUCUGGUGACAUCAAUAUAUUUUCGACAUGCAGACACCUAGAAGACCUUAGUAAAUGGUGUCACUCAUUGAUCAUGAGGCUGUAGUCAACGUGCAGAAGUGUUGGAGCUAGAAGACAGUGCGUCUACAGUCAGACCAUGGAUCUUGGAUUCAGAUGGUCGGGUCUUCUCACUAAGGGGGCUUUUUAUUUCCUGCUUUUGGCCAAGCUGGUUCUACCUUCUCACACGGAAAGCAUGCCUAACUUCAUAAAGACCCCUGAUGAUCAGACAGGGAUUUCGGGAGGAGUGGCAUCAUUUGUAUGCCAAGCUUUGGGUGACCCCAAACCACGCAUCACCUGGAUGAAGAAAGGGAAGAAAGUCAGCUCUCAGCGCUUUGAGGUGAUUGAGUUUGAAGACAGCUCAGGCUCAGUGCUGCGUAUCCAACCUUUGAGGACACACCGAGAUGAAGCCCUCUAUGAAUGCACAGCGACCAACAAUGCUGGAGAAAUUAACACCAGUGCCAAGCUCACCGUCUUGGAGGAGGACCAGAUUCCUCAUGGUUUCCCCACCAUCGACAUGGGACCUCAGCUGAAGGUUGUGGAAAGAACACGUACCGCUACAAUGUUGUGUGCAGCCAGUGGCAACCCUGACCCUGAGAUCUACUGGUUCAAAGACUUUCUACCUGUGGACAUCGACAGCAGCAAUGGGCGGAUAAAACAGCUACGUUCAGGUGCUCUCCAAAUUGAGAACAGUGAGGAGUCAGACCAGGGCAAGUAUGAGUGUGUGGCAGUCAACAGUGCUGGUACUCGCUACUCGGCCCCAGCCAACCUUUAUGUUCGAGUUCGACGUGUGCCUCCCCGUUUCUCCAUCCCCCCUACCAAUCAUGAGGUGAUGCCAGGCGGCAGUGUCAACCUGACCUGUGUUGCAGUUGGUGCCCCGAUGCCCUACGUCAAGUGGGUUAUUGGCGAGUUGGAACUGACCAGGGAGGAGGAGAUGCCUAUUGGCCGCAAUGUCCUGGAGCUCACCAGCAUACGGCAAUCUGCCAACUACACCUGUGUGGCCAUAUCCUCCCUCGGCAUGAUUGAGACCACAGCCCAGAUCAACGUCAAAGCUCUGCCCAAACAGCCCACCUCCCUCAUAGUGACAGAAACCACAGCGACCAGUGUCACCCUGACAUGGGACUCAGGCAACCCGGAACCAGUGUCCUACUUUGUGAUCCAGUACCGUGCCAAAAUUUCGGACAAUGGCUUUCAGGAAAUAGAUGGAGUGGCUACAACCCGAUACAGCAUUGGAGGCCUCAGCCCAUUUUCAGAAUAUGAGUUUCGUGUCAUGGCCGUCAACAAUGUCGGCCGGGGGCCUCUCAGCAGCAUUGUUAACACCCGUACAAGUGAGCAAGCACCGUCAUCACCUCCUCUUCAUGUCCAGGCACGCAUGCUAAGCUCCAGCACCAUGCUGGUCCAGUGGGAACCUCCAGAGGAGCCUAAUGGCCAAAUACAUGGAUACCGGGUCUACUAUAGCUCAGAGCAUGGUGCUCCACUGAGUGCCUGGCAGGAACACAACACAGAUAACAGCCAGCUGACAACCAUCUCAGGCCUCACUACAAAUAUCACCUAUAGCUUGAGGAUGCUGGGCUUCACCUCUGUGGGAGACGGGCCUCUCUCUGAUGUCCUGCAAAUCAAGGCCCAGCAGGGAGUUCCUGCUCAGCCAUCUCAUUUUGAAGCCGAGGCUGAGCUAGACUCACGUAUCAUGCUCUCAUGGCUUUGGCCAGUCCAGGACCCUAUUGAGAGAUUUGAGAUGAUUUACUGGGAGGCCAACAUUCCCACAGACAAGCAUCAUGUCAGUUUUGACCCAGCAGGCUCUUACGCAGUUGAUGGUCUAAAGCCAGAUACACUGUAUGUGUUUUCGCUGGCUGCAAGAUCUGACAUGGGUUUGGGACUCUUCACUCAGCCUAUCCAUGCCAGGACUGCCCUGACCAUGCCUGUAGCUCCUCCCAGGAAGUUGGUGGUGGAAAUCCUCAACUCAACUGCCCUCAGAGUGACCUGGAAGCCUCCCCUGUCUGUAAAGCAGCAUGGCCAGAUCAGGGGUUACCACCUGGUCUAUUCUAGACUAGAGAACGGGGAGCCCCAUGGCCAGCCAGUCAUCAUGGACGUUUCCUUCUCUGAAGCCAAGGAGGCCAUUAUAACAGGUCUGCUCCCAGAGACUACGUACUCAGUGACUGCUGCUGCAUACACCACAAAGGGUGAUGGAGCUCGCAGCAAGGCCGGGGUUGUCACCACUACAGGAGCAGUGCCUGGCAAGCCCACUAUGAUGAUCAGCACCACCACAGGGAACACUGCCCUGAUCCAGUGGCAGCCCCCAAAGGAAAUAGUGGGGGAACAUGUUGGAUACCAUCUGCAGUACAAAAGGGUGGAAGAGGAAGCUUUCAUUUCCAAAAACUUCAGCCAUACAGAUGACCAUUUCACAGUCACUGGCCUCUAUAAGGGAGCCACCUAUGUAUUCAAACUGAGGGCCAAAAACCGAGCUGGCAAUGGUGAGGAGUAUGUGAAGGAAAUCAGCACCCCUGAAGAUAUCCCCAGCAGCUAUGCCCAUAAUUUGAGCGUGAUAGGACUUACUGCCACCUCCACAACGCUUGCAUGGGACCCUCCUCCUUUGGCUGAGCGAAACGGAAAGAUUGUCAAGUAUGUGGUGGUGUAUCGUGAUAUUAAUAGCCAGCACAACCACACCAACAGCACUACAGAAACACAGAUGACUGUCACAGAUUUGUUGCCCGACACAACCUAUGACAUAAGAGUCCAAGCCUUUACCAGCAAAGGGGGAGGGCCAAAUAGCCCCAGCAUCCAGAGCAGAACUAUGUCCACUUCCAUGCCAGUAUUCACCAAGAACUUUGGUGUGAAGGCUGUGACAAAAACCUCGGUCCUGCUGACCUGGGAAAUGCCAGAAACCUACAAAUCUUAUGGGCCUCUUAAGAUCCUGUACAACCAGCAGAGCUUGGAGGUUCAAGGCAACCUGAAGAGGAAGUUGAUCACACAGUUAAAGCCAUCUACAGAUUAUUCCUUUGUGCUAAUGAGCCGGGGAAACGGUGCCGGUGGCCUUCAACAACAAGUAUCCAUUCGGACAGCUCCGGAUCUGCUGAAGGUGAAACCAGCCCAAUACAUACUGGAUUCAGAGGGGGAUGGUAAAGUGUCUAUCAGCCUGCCCAGGGUACCUGCUGGAGCUCACGUCAGAUGGUACUACAUAGUUGUUGUUCCUGUAUCCCAAGCCUUGUUGAAAAAAUGGGAGAACCCUGACCACAUGGACAUAGUCGAGCUCCUGGAAUCUGGUACUAACAGCAGUUUGCUGAGCCAGGAUUUCCUUCAGCCUUAUAUCACUGCCAAGCUUGAUGAUCUGCCUGAAAUAUUUACUCUUGGUGAUGAGAAGAAAUACAACGGCUACCACAACAAACCUCUCACUGGCCAGCAGCAGUACUGCUUCUUUGUUUUGGCUGAGUUGACUGAACAAGAGUCUCAGAGGACAUUUACAUCCAGCCCAUUCUCUGAGCCAAUAAUAACGAUGCUCCACAGUGGAAUAGACCAACAAGCGGAGGACUCCGAGAUGCUGUGGGUGAUGGGUCCAGUCCUGGCUGUCAUUCUCAUCAUUAUCAUAGUCAUUGCUAUCCUCCUUUUUAAGAGCACACAAGAAAGGAAACGAACAUCUCCAACCAAACAGGAGCACGUGACAGGGGUGAAGGACUCACUUCUGACCAACGCCUCAGAUCCUGUGGAGUUGAGGAGAAUCAACUAUCAGACCCAAGGCAUGGAGACACACACACAAACACAUCUUUCCACCAUCUGGAUGAGGGAACACCCACCAAUUAGUGUCCCUGACCUUCCAGAACACAUAGAGGGACUAAAGGCAAAUGAUGGUCUGCGUUUCUAUCAAGAGUACGAGUCUAUUGAUCCAGGACAGCAGUUCACCUGGGAGCACUCAAACCUGGAGGUCAACAAACCAAAGAAUCGCUAUGCAAAUGUCACUGCGUACGAUCACUCAAGGGUCAUCCUUACUACAGUAGAUGGAGUUCCAGGUAGUGACUAUAUCAAUGCCAACUAUGUUGAUGGCCACAGGAAGCAGAACGCUUACAUCGCUACACAAGGACCACUACAGGAGACCAUGAGUGACUUUUGGAGGAUGGUUUGGGAGCAGAGGACCAGCACCAUAGUAAUGAUGACCAGGCUAGAGGAAAAGUCACGGGUAAAAUGUGACCAGUAUUGGCCUAGUCGGGGCACAGAGACAUAUGGGAUGAUUCAGGUGACCAUGGUGGACACUGUGGAGCUUGCUACUUACAACUUACGGACAUUUGCCCUCUACAAGAAUGGGUCAAGUGAAAAAAGAGAGAUACGACAGUUCCAGUUUAUGGCUUGGCCUGACCAUGGAGUGCCUGGGUAUCCCACCCCAACAAUUGCCUUUCUACGUAGAGUCAAAGCCACAAAUCCUCCAGAUGCUGGCCCCAUGGUAAUCCACUGCAGUGCUGGUGUGGGGAGGACUGGUUGCUUUAUUGUGAUCGACGCCAUGCUAGAGAGAAUGAAACAUGAGAAAUCAGUGGACAUCUAUGGUUAUGUAACGUGUAUAAGAACUCAGAGGAAUUAUAUGGUGCAGACUGAGGAUCAGUACAUAUUCAUCCAUGAAGCCCUGCUAGAAGCUGCCACAUACGGCAAUACGGACAUCCCUGCCCGAAACCUGUAUGUCCACAUACAGAAGCUCACCCAGAUUCCUCCUGGAGAGACUGUUGCCGCCAUGGAACUAGAGUUCAAGAAACUGGCUAAUUCAAAUGCACACAACUCAAGAUUCAUCAGUGCCAAUCUACCAUGUAACAAAUUCAAAAACCGGCUGGUGAACAUCUUGCCUUUUGAAUCCAAUCGUGUCUGCCUGCAGCCAAUAAGAGGGGUGGAGGGGUCCGACUACAUCAAUGCCAGCCUUAUUGAUGGAUAUAGGCAACAGAAAGCUUACAUGGCAGCCCAGGGCCCACUGCCAGAGACCACUGAGGAUUUCUGGAGAAUGCUGUGGGAACAAAACUCCACAAUUGUAGUCAUGCUCACCAAGCUACGCGAGAUGGGGCGGGAAAAGUGUCAUCAGUACUGGCCUUCUGACCGCUCUGCACGCUACCAAUACUUUGUUGUUGACCCCAUGGCUGAGUACAACAUGCCUCAGUACAUCCUGAGAGAGUUUAAAGUCACGGAUGCAAGGGAUGGUCAGUCAAGAACCAUAAGGCAGUUUCAGUUCAUUGACUGGCCAGAGCAAGGAGUCCCAAAAACUGGAGAAGGUUUCAUUGACUUCAUCAGCCAAGUUCAUAAAACUAAGGAGCAAUUUGGACAAGUUGGACCCAUCACUGUACACUGCAGUGCUGGUGUUGGGCGAACUGGUGUGUUCAUCACCUUAAGCAUUGUCCUAGAGAGGAUGAGGUACGAAGGAGUGGUUGACGUCUUCCAGACAGUUAAGAUUCUGCGGACCCAGAGACCAGCCAUGGUGCAGACGGAGGACCAGUACCACCUAUGCUACAGGGCAGCUCUGGAAUACCUAGGAAGCUUUGAUCAUUAUGCAACAUAAUUCCACCAAGAAAGACACCCUGGGAAGAACUGUUUGCCUUCAGCCUUACCCAUGUAGCUCAGGUUCUUCGGUCCCUGUGGCCUGUUAAAGAUGCUUUAUGGAGGAUUGACGAGAGGAUGACCACAGAAGGAAGUAGAGGAAAAGCAGGGGGGCAGAACACCUCCUUUUUGGACUGGAAUGAGUGAUUAAUAGAAUGAUUGUCCAUAGCUAACUUGCAAUUAAUCACAAAUGAAUCAAACAUUUCUAAGCUCUUCUGAAUGUCCUUCUAAAGUUUUUUUUUUCAAGUUUGUAAUAUAUUCUUAUCAACAUGUGAGUGGACAAAUAUACUUUAUUUAUGCAAA